CGCUUCGGAGGGCCGUCCGUCCGUGCGCCUGCAUUCAUAAACGGAUGUGAUAAGUGUUGAAUGUACUGUACAGAGACGAAACUUGGACCAUGGCGGAAGAAGACGAAACGAAAAUCCGGAUUUUGCAGAGCCUCCGAGGAAAAAUAUGCGAAGCAAAGAAUUUGGGUCCGAGCUCAGGGCCGAACCGCCUCCGUGACCUCUGCACCUUCUGUACAAUCAGUUUGGACCAGGAGGAAGUAUAUCGCACAAAAGUCUAUGAGAAGAGUGUAAGUCCGUUCUAUGGCGAGGACUUCUACUUUGAAAUUCCACGCCCAUUCCAAUGCCUGUCCUUCUACGUGUACGCUAAGAGCAUGUUCCAAAUAAGGGAUCUACCUGUAGGGAAAGUAGCCAUCAGGAAGGAAGAUCUAUAUAAGUACUGCGGGAAAGAGAACUGGUUCCAGUUACAGCCUGUGGAUCCACACUCAGAAGUUCAGGGGAAGGUUCAUUUAGAGAUGAAGCUGAAUGAACUGAUCACAGAGAAUGGUUCCAUCUGCCAACAGCUUGUGGUUCAGAUAAUUGCAUGUCAGGGUUUGCCGUUGAUAAGUGGGCAGAACUGCGAUCCAUAUGCUACAGUAACACUCGUAGGGCCCGCCAGGUCUGACCAGAAAAAAACUAAAGUGAAGAAGAAAACCAGUGACCCUCAGUUUGAUGAGACAUUUCAUUUUGAGGUCACAAGGUCAAGCAGUUACAAAGGGAGGUCACAUUUUCAUGUGGAGGAGGAGGACAUAGAGAAACUAGAGAUCAAGGUGGAGCUGUGGAAUAAUGGUAACUUGGCACAGGACGUGUUCCUUGGAGAGACACGGGUAUCUGUGAAAAUCCUGAGAAACGACAAUGUCCACAGAGCAUGGUACUUGCUGCAGCCGAAAGGAAACGGUACAAAGUCUAAGCCAGAUGAUCUGGGUUCUUUACGUCUGAAGGUAACAUACACGGAGGACAACGUCCUGCCCUCUGCCUUCUACACGGCCCUCCGCAACCUAAUGCUCAAAUCCCCGGAUGUCAAGCCGAUCUCAGCAUCAGCGGCUCAUGUUCUGGGAGAUAUUUGCAGAGAGAGUGUUGGGUAUGAAGCACUGCUUCCUGUGGUCAGACUGCUGCUCCAUCACAACAGACUGCUGCCCUUUCUCACUUCUGUUGCUGCCCUGGAGCUGGAGAAUACACAAGAGGCCAACACCAUAUUCAGAGGCAAUUCUCUGGCCACCCGCUGCAUAGAUGACAUGAUGAAGAUUGUGGGCAAAAGUUACUUGACCGUCACUCUCAAACCUGUUCUCAAUGAGAUCUUUGAAUCAAAUAAAACCUGUGAGAUUGAUCCUGUCAAACUGAAAGAGGGCGAUAAUGUGGAAGUCAACAAGGAGAAUCUUCAGGGAUAUGUACAGAAGGUUUUUACGUCUAUAACGCAGUCCAGCUCCAGCUGUCCUCCCCUCAUGUGUGACGUCUUCAGAUCACUCAGACAGCUGGCAUCUAAACGCUUUCCAGCGGAUCCUCAUGUGCAGUACUCAGCGGUCAGUAGUUUCAUAUUCCUGAGGUUCUUUGCGGUGGCUGUUCUCUCUCCACACACCUUCCAGCUGAGAUCCCAUCAUCCUGACCCCGAAAUUUCCCGCACGCUUACUCUUAUCUCUAAAACCAUCCAGUCUCUAGGCAGCUGGGGCAGCCUUUCCAAGAACAAACUGUCUAGCUUUAAAGAAACCUAUAUGUACGAUUUCUUCAAAUUAUUCCAAGAAGAUGAAUGUAUAGAAAAAGUUAAAAAGUUCUUAGAUGAGAUCUCCUCUAAUGUAAGCAAGGAGUCCAGUGGAGUGGAGGACUCAUUUGUACUGAAGGAGGGAGAGGUACAUAAGCGGGCCCAGGGCAGAAAGCGAAUAGGAAAGAAGAACUUUAAGAAACGCUGGUUACGAGUGACCAAUCAAGAGCUCUCCUAUCACAAGCAGAAAGGGAAAGAAUCACUGUGCGUCAUUCCUGUGAAAAACAUCCUUGGUGUCGAGAAACUGGAAGAAAGUGCCUUUAACCGCAAAAACAUGUUUCAGGUAAUCCAUUCAGAGAAGCCUCUGUACGUGCAGGCGGGGAACUGCGUAGAGACCAACAGCUGGAUCGAGGUACUGAGUCAGGUCAGCCGCUGUAACCCGGGACGGCUCAGCACGUUUCACCCGUCCGCUUACGUGGGUGGAUCCUGGUUAUGCUGUAAGGAACUCAAUGAGAACACCCCUGGCUGCAAACCCUGCACUGCGACAGUGUUGGCUAAUAUUCAACUGGACAUCGACUGUGACAGAGAAACAGAACGAAUCUUCUCCUUCUUCUCCUCCAACCGCUCCAGACUACAGAAGAUGGAGGAUGCCUGUGCCGGUAUGUCAGUGUAUCUUGGGCAGCAGGAGGAGUGUUCAGCCUUCACCAUACAGGACCCUAAAGAGACCUUCCGUACUAUUAAAGAGCUCGGAGAAGUACUGGACGAUCUGCAGGCUCAACACGACUCAAAGGGAGCACUAACUGAUGAACCAGGCACUAUCGAGAAUCCUAUAGUUGGAAAGACAGCGUAACAUUGUGACUGCAGGACCAGGUGGUACUGACACAGCCACACAAACAGAGGGCGCUGUGUUUGUCGACAUAGAGGAGCACGACAGCGCUCUGAUUAUGCUCAGAGAAGUGCUGCCGUUCCACAUGUGACCGAGCCUGUCUGGAGUUACAGUGUACUUAGAAGAAUUUGGCCAGUCAGGAGUCGCGUGGUGUAUCCGUGAGUUGCUAUCAUUGGAAAAAUCUAGCUCUUUUCUCUGUGUGCCUGUUCGGUCUCUGUCUUCUAUCAGUUUUUAAGAUCGUUUCGAAACCUCAAUCGCCAGUCCACACAGUAAGAAAAGAUUGCAAUCACCUCUUAUCCAUUCCUAAACAGGCUGUGAAAGUCCAGACACCAGAGUUUGUCUGAGAAAUUAUAGCUGCUAAAAUAGUCUUUGAAAGAACUCAACCUUCACAUAUUUCUUUAUAAACCAUCAGUUUUUCAGACUACUGGUCGUCUGAUGUUUUGACAAGUAAAAUAACCGUGUCUUAAAGGGAAUCUUCGUUGUUCUUUAUAGUUAUAGUAUCAUCCCUCUCACCCAUCCCUUUGAGUGUGUGCAUGGUUUUCUAUCUGUAGUGGAUAGAAUUAAUCUGCUUUAUACUUACAAUCCCACACUUGUGUAUGAAUUAGGGACUAAUGCAGAAGCACUUUAGAUAUUUGGAAUAUUCCAGAUGAGAUUGUUUUAGAUACGUCGUAUCAACCUUUUUUUCCCGAUAUUGAUCAGUUACAUGAUCAACUCUUGUGUAAUGUUCUGUAGAUAACGUUCAUAUCCUGUAGAUUUUUACUAGCUAUUUUUCUUACGCCAAAGAUGUUGUUUUGUAGGUUUUCAUGACUUGAAAAUGGUAUACAUGUAGUUUUUUUUUUAAAUACAGAACUUUUAAAAAAGGAAAAUGGCUAUCUAUAUUUCAUGGACGUACAUUUUGGGAGCGUCAAUCAUUUUGAUAAACAUGAAGAAGAUUUCAUUCAAUCAAUCUUUGUCAUUAUUCCCCAUACAAACAAUGACAAAUGUUUGGAUAUUUUAUAGUAUGCUAUGUUCCAAAAACCUAGUGAGCUGCCUACCAAGACGGCAUUUUAAGGCACCAAAAUUGUGCUCACAAAACAAAGACUGUUCAGCAAAAUCAAAUUAUGGAAGGUCUGCCUCCUUUGCAGAGAUUGCAUUCCCAUAAUGCACUGCAACAAACUCAGUGGGGAAAAAAACAAUCCUAUAGGCAUUUGAGAAAAUGCUUUAGUUUUAUGCUAUACUAAAAAGCACGGAUAAAAUAGAAACACAUUUCUCAAUAUUGGUAUAUGCCAUUUUGCUUGAGUAUUGAGCUGUUAGCUUAGCAACAUGCUAAUAGCAAAGUCUAAUUGGAAUCAGUUGGAAUCGGAUUUAAUGCUAUUUGUGUGACUUGCAAAAGACCGUUUGGAUGCUGAGGCAGCUCACUAAUGUUUUGAAUGGAGCUAUAAACGUAGAUUGUUUAGUAAGAAUUCUGUUUGACAAGUAACAAUCACCUGCAUCAUGUUUGUUGUGUCGCAGUUGUGUUGUAGUUAUGUGGUGGAAUUGUCAUGUCAUUUCCUGAUAACCACCUGCUGUUUAUUACAGGUCUACCGUUCACGGUUUUGUUUUAAAUGUCCCCAUUCUCAACUCUACUGAAGGGUUUUCUGUGUCUUUGCUGUAACAUUGGAGACUGUUAUGUUCUGCUUGGCGUACUUGUGUUUUGCAUAUAUUGUUAGUAGUCUAAUCAGUGGUUCUCAACUGGAAGGUUAAAAAUGUUCCACAAGUCAAAAAUAUUCUGCAAGGGCCAUGGACUUAAAUGAAUAUACAAUGUGAAAUGCAAGCAAUAAAAUGCACUAACCAUAUAAUAGUGAGUAGUUGAGAUUAGGGUUGCAAAAAGGUGGAAAAUUUAUAGUAAAUUUC